CUGUGGGACUGACAUCAAGAACUGAACUGACCUUUGAGAAUAAAACGAUGUGGAUAUUGAUUCUCCUCAUUUGUUCCAUUCCCGUUUCAGGUGCUUUAUGGGCAGAGAAAGAUGUAACGGGAAUUUUGGGAAGAGCGAUCACAAUAUCUUGUCACUACGAAGCAUGGUGGUACCAGUCAUACGUGAAAUAUUGGUGUCACGGAUGGACUCGUCAGUGUAAGGUUAUAGCAACGACAAAUUGGCGAAAUGGGAGAAUAUCAAUCACUGAUAACAAAACACAAGGAAUAUUUCUUGUCACACUGAAGAAUCUUCAAUGGAGGGAUGCCGGACGAUACAGCUGUGGGAUUGAGAUUUCUGGUAUUGAGCUUGACCUCAUGUUUAAUGUAAAUCUGCACAUCUCUGAAGAAACCGUCUCUGUUCCUGGACUUCAAUUUUUAUCCCAACCAAAAAUCUCAUGGUUUGGGGUUUCAGUGACAGUCUCCUGUGAGUCUGCCCGAGGAUCCCUCCCCAUUCACUACACAUGGUCUGAGAAGAUGCCAUCACAAGAUUCAAUGAUCUCUGACACCAAUAAACUGGAUCUACAUUGUCAAUCCUUCACACAGCAACAUCAUCAAUAUUACUGCACAGCCUCAAAUACUCAGGGAACAAAACCCAGUGAAAUUGUUCAUGUGUCAGUCAACAAUGUAAGAGAGAAGAACUGCAGUUAUAGGAUACAGAUCAACAGCAUCGUUUCAGAUGUUUUAAUGGCAGCGAAACACGUCACUGGAAUUUUGGGAAGAGCGAUCACAAUAUCUUGUUACUAUGAAAAUUGGUGGUACCAAUCAAACAUGAAAUAUUGGUGUCACGGAAGGAAUCGUUCAUGUAAUAUUAUAGCAAAAACAGAUUGGCCAAAUGGGAGAAUAUCAAUCACUGAUAACAAAACACAAGGAAUAUUUCUUGUUGCAAUGAAGAAUCUUCAAUGGGAAGAUGCCGGAUGGUACAGCUGUGGGAUUCAGAUUCCUGGUAUUUACUCUGACCUCAUGUUUAAUGUAAAUCUGCACAUCUCUGAAGAAGCUGUCUCUGUUCCUGGGCUUCGAUUUUUAUCCCAACCAAAAACCUCAUGGUCUGGGUUUUCAGUGACCUGUGAGUCUGCCCGGGGAUCCCUCCCCAUCCACUACACAUGGUCUGAGAAGAUGCCAUCACAAGAUUCAAUGAUCUCUGACACCAAUAAACUGGAUCUACAUUGUCAAUCCUUCACACAGCAACAUCAUCAAUAUUACUGCACAGCCUCAAAUACUCAGGGAACAAAACCCAGUGAAAUUGUUCAUGUGUCAGUCAACAAUGUAAGAGAGAAGAACUGCAGUUAUAGGGUACAGAUCAACAGCAUCGUUUCAGAUGUUUUAAUGGCAGCGAAACACGUCACUGGAAUUUUGGGAAGAGCGAUCACAAUAUCUUGUUACUAUGAAAAUUGGUGGUACCAAUCAAACAUGAAAUAUUGGUGUCACGGAAGGAAUCGUUCAUGUAAUAUUAUAGCAAAAACAGAUUGGCCAAAUGGGAGAAUAUCAAUCACUGAUAACAAAACACAAGGAAUAUUUCUUGUUGCAAUGAAGAAUCUUCAAUGGGAAGAUGCCGGAUGGUACAGCUGUGGGAUUCAGAUUCCUGGUAUUUACUCUGACCUCAUGUUUAAUGUAAAUCUGCACAUCUCUGAAGAAGCUGUCUCUGUUCCUGGGCUUCGAUUUUUAUCCCAACCAAAAACCUCAUGGUCUGGGUUUUCAGUGACCUGUGAGUCUGCCCGGGGAUCCCUCCCCAUCCACUACACAUGGUCUGAGAAGAUGCCAUCACAAGAUUCAAUGAUCUCUGACACCAAUAAACUGGAUCUACAUUGUCAAUCCUUCACACAGCAACAUCAUCAAUAUUACUGCACAGCCUCAAAUACUCAGGGAACAAAACCCAGUGAAAUUGUUCAUGUGUCAGUCAACAAUGUAAGAGAGAAGAACUGCAGUUAUAGGAUACAGAUCAACAGCAUCGUUUCAGAUGUUUUAAUGGCAGCGAAACACGUCACUGGAAUUUUGGGAAGAGCGAUCACAAUAUCUUGUUACUAUGAAAAUUGGUGGUACCAAUCAAACAUGAAAUAUUGGUGUCAUGGAAGGAAUCGUUCAUGUAAUAUUAUAGCAAAAACAGAUUGGCCAAAUGGGAGAAUAUCAAUCACUGAGAACAAAACACAAGGAAUAUUUCUUGUCACAAUGAAGAAUCUUCAAUGGGAAGAUGCCGGAUGGUACAGCUGUGGGAUUCAGAUUCCUGGUAUUUACUCUGACCUCAUGUUUAAUGUAAAUCUGCACAUCUCUGAAGAAGCCGUCUCUGUUCCUGGGCUUCGAUUUUUAUCCCAACCAAAUGUCUCAUGUUCUGGGGGUUCAGUGACAGUCUCCUCUGAGUCUGCCCAGGGAUCCCUCCCCAUUCACUACACAUGGUCUGAGAAGAUGCCAUCUCAAGAUUCAAUGAUCGCUGACACCAAUAAACUGGAUCUACAUUGUCAAUCCUUCACACAGAAACAUCAUCAAUAUUACUGCACAGCCUCAAAUAUUCAGGGAACAAAACCCAGUGAAAUUGUUCAUGUGUCAGUCAACAAUGUAAGAGAGAAGAACUGCAGUUAUAGGAUACAGAUCAACAGCAUCGGUGAACAAUAUACUUGUGCUGUUUCUUCAACAACAUCACCAGGGACCACACAUUCCCCAGAUACAAGUGGAGGUUUCUCGACCAGUCAAAACCAGUCCCCAGGAAAGAAUUCCCAUGAAAAUCUGGUUUAUAUUUUGGUCGGUGUACUGGGGGCCAUUCUGGUUGUUUUUGCUCUGCUUUUGUACCUGAGGCAAAUCAACAAGGGGACAUCCUGCAUCAUGUGUCAUCAGAGAACGAAGAGUCUUAAUGAUGAACAGGAAAUGGUGUCAGUGGAAGAGAACUUGGUAUAUGCAAACAUAAACCACAUUCAAAGGAACACAGCAGAAAGACAGAGAGAGAGAAGAAGCAACUUGAAGAAUGAUGAAAUCACAUACGCAGUGUUGGCAUUUCAAAAGAAAUCUUCAUCACUGAGCGGUGGGCUGGCAAUGCACACAGGUGACAACUCAGACAGUGUCACCUACAGUGAGCUCAACUUUCCAAACCAGCCGCCAAAGGGGAAUAAAAAAGCCCCAAAACGCAACACCCCUCAGGAAUCUGGAAGGGACGUUUACACAGAGCAUUGCGAUGGUCCUCUCCACAUAGAUCCCUCUCCUCCCUGGAUGAAACCCUCCUUCUCCAGUCGGAGUAAGGACCCUUCAGCACCUGUGCCCUCCUUCACACUGAUCUUCAGUCGACUCCAAUCCAGGCCUGUCACUCAGGCUGCUCUCCAGGGGGAACAACAUUUUGAUGAUGUCACACACGGUGGAGUUAGAGCCCACAGCGGGCAGCACAAACCCAAUUUCAAGAUUGUCCCAAAGCUCGACCAGGGAGUUACAGGUGCUGUAUGGGCAGAGAAAGGUGUAACGGGAAUUUUGGGAAGAGCGAUCACAAUAUCUUGUCAAUACGAAGCACGGAGGUACCAGUCACACAAGAAAUAUUGGUGUCUCGGAUGGACACGUCAGUGUAAUGUUAUAGCAACGACAAAUUGGCCAAAUGGGAGAAUAUCAAUCACUGACAACAAAACACAAGGAAUAUUUCUUGUCACAAUGAAGAAUCUUCAAUGGAGGGAUGCAGGAUGGUACAGCUGUGGGAUUGAGAUGUCUGGCUAUGACCCGAUGUUUAAUGUAAAGCUGCACAUUUCUGACGAAGCCAUCUCUGUUCCUGGGCUUCGAUUUUUAUCCCAACCAAAUGUCUCAUGUUCUGGGGGGUCAGUGACAGUCUCCUGUGAGUCUGCCCGAGGAUCCCUCCCCAUUCACUACACAUGGUCUGAGAAAAUGCCAUCACAAGAUUCAAAGAUCUCUGACACCAAUAAACUGGAUCUACAUUGUCAAUCCUUCACACAGCAACAACAUCAAUAUUACUGCUCAGCCUCAAAUACUCAGGGAACAAAAUCCAGUGAAAUUGUUCAUGUGUCAGUCAACAAUGUAAGAGAGAAGAACUGCAAUUAUAGGAUACAGAUCAACAGCAUCGGUGGACGAUAUAAUUGUACUGUUUCUUCAACAACAUCACCAGGAACUACACAUUCCCCAAAUACAAGUGGAGGUUCCUCUGCCAGUCUAACCCAACUCUCCGGAAAUAAUUCCCAUGAAACUCUGGUUUACAUUGUGGUCGGUGUACUGGGGGCCAUUCUGGUUGUUUUUGCUGUUGCUCUACUUUUGUACCUAAGACAAAUCAACAAGGGUACACUCUGCAUCAUGUGUCAACAAAGUGAUAAGUCUCUUAAUAAUGGCCAGGAAUUGGUGCCAGUGGAAGAGAACUUGGUAUAUGCAAACAUAAACCACACUCAAAGGAACACAGCAGAAAGACAAAGCAAGAGAAGAAGCAACUUGAAGAAUGAUGAAAUCACAUACGCGGCAUUGGAAUUUCAAAAGAAAUCAUUAUCACUGAGAGGUGGGCUGGCAAUGCACACAGGUGACAACUCAGACAGUGUCACCUACAGUGAGCUCAACUUUCCAACCCAGCCGCCAAAGGGGAAUAAAAAUGCCCCAAAACGCAACACCCCUCAGGAAUCUGGAAGGGAAGUUUAUGCUGAUAUUACUUUUUAGGAAAACCAUGAUGAGAUAUUUGUACUCUUCAUUUUUCCUUCUUUGCAAUGCAGUUGUAUUGAAUUUUGUCUGUUGUAAGCUGCCCGCACAUUUACUUUGUCCAACUCCUUAGGAUUUGAUCCCAACAAUUCCAUGCUCUAUCCAGUUUGGUUUCCUCAGCAGAUGGAAUCAAUCUAUCUUUUCUUCCCAAGUCUGGAUCACUUGCAUAAAAUCUUCGAGAAGAAAGUGAGGACUGCAGAUGC